AUGGAGAAGGAGAAGAAGAAGAAGAAGAAGAAGAACUUGAUGGUCCAUAGAUCCACAGAUCUGCUGGAGUCCAGAAAGAGGCUCAAAGAAGAGACAGUCAUGUUGAUGUGGACUUUAGAGAAAGUGAUCCUGGAUCUGAAACAUGAUCCUGGUUCAUCAUCUUACUUAUUCAGCUGCUCUCAGGUUUUUGUACCACUGUUUCUCACUGUGGGAGUCUACGACUACUUCAUCUUCGGCUCUGGGACUAAACUGAUUGUAACAGGUAAGAACAAAAACUUGAUCUUUAUUGUUUGAACUGAUUUAUAAAAACUCAAAAUCUCUCCACAAAUCUGAAGUUAUUGAUGAAUUUCUGAUAAAUCUGAGUUUGAUAUGAAAUGUUGAGACAGUGUCACCUCUAUAUUUGGUCCUCUCUGUGAGUCAGAACCAUCAUUUCUUUAUUUAUAAUGUUCAGACAGUCAAAUUAACCUCAUGUCAAUUAUAUCAAUAUGAGGCACCAAAAACCUUUGUGUGGGAAUAUUUGUACAAGUAGACAGAUACUCAAUAUUAUCAACUAACAUUUACAAUAAAUGUGAUUUAAUCUAGAUCUAUGGAUAAACUAUAGAAGCGUUUAUAUUUAAAUAUAUAAGGAAAUGUUAUUAUUUAUUAUUGUCUGUAAAUGAAGCUAAAAAAUGAGAUUACAGUCAAACACAUGGAGGAUGGUACAGAGGUAUGAAGAGUCGGAGUGAUUGUACAAAUUAUUAUAUUGAAACAGGAUUGAUGAUCUUAUCCUCAUUAUAUUAUAUUAUAUUAUAUUAUAUUAUAUUACAUUAAAUGUAAUACAAUUCCUUUUUAUCAGUAAUGUAUAAUAAUAAAUAAAUUACUGAUAUAAUGAUUAAUCACUUCUCUAAAAAGAGCUGAAUGCUCAGACCUACAACCUAAAAAUGUAGAAGAUAAUGUAAGGACUAAAAUCACCAUUAAACUCUAUGAGAAUAAAAAUGUGUGUAUAUUAUGGACAAAGUAUUUUAAAGUUUAUUGAAAACAGUAAUAAAGUUGUGAUUCAGCUUUGUUGUAAUUAAAUAGUAUUUGUAGUUUUAUAACUGUUUCAAUGAUUUUAAUUUUUGUGAGUUUGUACCUGGCAGCAUCCAGAGCCCAGCUGGAGGGGAAGAGCUCCCUGCUGUGUGUGGCCUCAGACAUGUUUCCUCCUCUGGUCCAGAUCUCCUGGAGAAGACGGGAGGAAGACGGUUCUCUGAAAGAGCUGUCCUCUGCUGACAGCGAGAUAUCUAAGCUCGGAGAGUCUAACUGCACCGCUUCCAUCUUAAAGAUUCAUAAAAGAGAGGACAACCUUGAUAAAUACAUCUGCUUAGUGAAACAUGAGGGGGGAAGAGUGGAUUCAACAGUACAACGUACCGGAGACGCUGUGUCUCCAACAGAAGCUCCUGCUGCCUUGACCUCUGGUCCUCCAGAGACAGAGCUCACAGACCUUCCAGCUCUUCCUCAGCAGUAUGGCGGUAAGAUUAACAUGUUUUUACUUUUAAAAAAACCUUCUUAGUCACCAAAUGUUAUCACUCUUCUCCAACUAUUAAUACUAUCUGAGGUGUACCACAAGGAUCAGUUCUAGAGCCUCUUUUUUACACACAGAGGCAGAACUGGAUGGUUUGGGCCAUCAGUGGCUUUUUGAAAGUUUUUCAAUUGAUGUAAAAUUUUUAUUUUUGAAUAGAGAAAACUGCAGGAACACACCUGAUAAAUGACUCCUGUAUGAAUAAAGUACCAAUAGGACAAAGAGUUGUGAAUAACAGAGGUGUGUGUGUGUGUGUGUGUGUGUGUGUGUGUGUGUGUGUGUGUGUGUGUGUGUGUGUGUGUGUGUGUGUGUCAGUGUCCUUUGAGUGCAGGGUGAAGCUGCUGUCAGUCCUGUACUCUCUGCUGAUCCUCAAGAGUCUGGUAUACUGCUGUGGACUCUCCCUGCUGACCAUCUUCACUAA